AGGUGAGCCUUUAGAGAUAUUCACUGCAGAAAAUACUCUGCUUUUCGUUGAUAUCCGCUAGCUAUAUAUAAUCCCACGUCUCUCUUUAGUAUCUACUUCAUCUCCAAGCCUAACCUCCUUCACAGAGGUCAAGACCUUUCUCCCUCUAGAUUCCAAAAUGGUGAGCGCUGAAGUUGCACGUAAUAUCGUCGGCAUUAUCGGGAACGUUAUCUCCUUCGGUCUCUUUCUCUCGCCAGUUCCAACGUUCUAUCGCAUAUGGAAGAGGAAAGAUGUGGAGGAAUUCCAGUAUAUUCCUUAUCUUGUUACGGUGAUGAAUUGCUUGUUUUGGGUCUUUUACGGUCUGCCCAUUGUUAAACCUGACAGCAUCCUCGUCGUCACCAUCAACGGUAUUGGCCUUGUAAUGGAGUUGAUCUAUUUAGCCAUUUUCUGCUUAUAUGACAAAGGGAAGAAAGGAAGGGUACAAGUUGCUAGUUGGCUUGCAGUAGAAGUAGUUUUUCUGGCAGGCUUAGUCCUUGCCACCUUGCUGGGGUUCCACACUCAUGCCAAAAGAACCCUUUUCGUCGGAAUUUUCUGUGAUGUCUUCAAUGUUAUGAUGUAUACUUCACCACUUGCUAUCAUGAAAAAAGUUAUUACCACGAAGAGUGUUGAAUUUAUGCCUCUCUCUCUCUCUUUGGCUAACUUUGCAAAUGGCUGCAUCUGGACAGCUUAUGCCCUUAUCAAAUUUGAUCUCUUUAUUCUGAUUAGCAAUGGCCUUGGAGCACUGUCAGGGGCAGUACAGCUCAUUCUUUAUGCUCGUUACUAUAGUACAACUCCUAAACGAUCCAAAGAUAAAGCAGAUGUAGUGAAGGCAUCUGAGAUUCAGCUCUCUGGUUCUAAUGCAGAGUGUAGGGCUUGAAAUAGUUGCAGGUCCUUUUUGGAUAUUUUUUCCCCUCAUUUGUGCUGCUUUCCCGUUAGUUUUAUAAGGUAGUAGAACUGUAGAAAUUCAGCAGUUUUAAGCUCUUGAUAAGAAGUAGGUUUGGCUGUGAAGGAUAAGCCUCUGACACUGCAGCAAUUUUCCUUUGAAAUUGUGCAAAUUGAAGACUUUGGAAAUAGUAAGUUCUGAAUCUUUGA